AUGUCAUUGUACGUAGCUGCGGCAUCCAUCCUCGAUGGCACAUCGGGCGAGGGUGGCUCCUUUAAAUCUCGUGUCUACAAUUCCAAACUGAAACCCCCACCUGCUCAGGUGUACGCUUUGAUAACUGAGGCAUCGAAGUGGGAUAUUCUAUUGAAAGAAGUCGUUGAGAAUGCCGGUUUCUUGCCUCUCGAACCAAAGCUCACACCCAUUGUUUCUAUCCUCCUUGUCCAUGAUUUGCUUCUAGCGAGGAGGGGCAUUGUUGCACCCUCGAACCAUCACUUACGCCUAGCAAUUGAGAGACACAAAUCCCGGAUAAAAGCCGAAUUUGUCAAGUCCCGCGUUCGCCGACGAUGUGGCUCAGUCGAGGAACUCAAGGCUCUGAUUGCAAAAGAAAAACGACAGUACGGGGCGGAAAAGGAGCCACUCGUAUCUCCCAGAUGGGUUAGGAUAAAUAAAGUUCUUACCACCCUAGAUAAGGAAUUGAAUACCACUUUUGCUUCCUAUAAGUCUGCUGCUUCGCUUCUGGAGCUGUCGCCAUCAGCGCCUCAAACAUACUAUCGAGACUCCAAUGUUCCCGACCUUUUAGCUGUUCCACAGGGGGUAGAACUGACAUCGUCAACGGCAUAUAAAAGAGGUAGGAUUAUUCUACAAGAUAAAGCGUCAUGCUUUCCAGCAUAUUUGCUCCUUGGGGAUAAUCCAGAGCAAUGGAAAGGAGAUUUAAUAGAUAGUUGCGCAGCACCUGGCAACAAGACAACUCACUUGGCUUCAUUAAUGUGUUCGGAUACGGAAUUCCGUGGUGGCGGUUUAGUUCAGAAGAAGCCAAUUAUAUUCUCAUGCGACGCCUCACAAAGCCGGUCAAAUAUCCUGCAACGGAUGGUAAGUGUUGCCGGUGUUGAUAAGCUAGUGUCUGUCUUGCCUGGUCAAGAUUUCCUAGCUCUGAACCCUUGUGAUAAGCGUUUCCAAAACGUCACGGGCCUGUUACUUGAUCCCAGUUGUUCGGGAAGCGGGAUAGUUGGAAGGGUUGAUGUUCCGCGACUAGCUUUACCAACAAUGUCAGGCCCCAGAUACUGGAGCAAAAAAAGAAAGCGUACCGUCCGCGCACAGACGGAUGGAGACUGUUUUGCGCCUGGAGAUUCCGAAGAUCAAAGUCCAACUAAUGUCGAUUACGACCGACUCUUCAAACUGUCUAACCUCCAAAAGCGGAUCAUUGAGCACGCCUUCAACUUCCCAGCAGCUACCCGAGUUACGUACAGUACCUGCUCAAUACAUGCGCAGGAAAACGAAGUGGUUGUUUCUCGCGUGCUGAAGUCACCAGUAGCAAGGCGACGAGGAUGGAGGAUACUUUCAAGAAGUGAGCAAGUUCAAGGACUUCGAAAUUGGAAACAUCGGGGUAUACAUCCUGACGGAUCGGGCGAUGGAGAACAGGGAAGCUGGCACUUGACUGAGGCGGAAAGGGAUGCAUGCUUGCGGUGUUGGCCAAAUGACGAGCAGGGUACUGGCGGAUUCUUUGUUGCUGGCUUCAUUCGGGAUAAUAGCUCUGAAGGGAAUGAUGGUUCCGCUGUUAAUAUCCCAGUACCCGUAAACUCCAGAGGAAGUAUUGGGGAACAUAGUGAUGAUGCUUCUGGGUCGAAUUCGGAGUCCGAAUGGGAGGGAUUUAGCUCGGAUUAA